CUUCCUGAGAAGCAAGUAUGUGAUGUUUGGAGUUCCUGAUAUUUAGGCGUUUUUUCAACAUAUCUCACCGGUUUAAGCAGACAUUAAGAGUCCAGAAUGUCUGCAACGAUAACCGGUGUAUGCGGCCUGUCCUGGGAGGUCACGAUGGCAGUUCUCCCCAGACUGUACCUCAAGGAGGUCCUCUUGGAACUGCAGAGGAGAAAAAUCGCGGUAGGAAGGGAUAAAACCCUCCAAAAACAAGAACUGACUCACCUCCUACAGGAGGUCAUGGUGUGUGAGUACGAGCAGCUUCAGCAGCAUUUGAAGGGGAAGAUUAGCGAAGAGCCCUCUCCACAGACAAGGGCGCGAGAUGUAAUGACAUCGGAUGGACAGGGGGCUCCUUACGUACAAAACCACCAUGGCAAUACGUCACAGUGUUCUCCACACCAAGAAAUGGUGUCACCAAUAAGUUCAGAAGCACAGCAGAAUGUCCAAGCACAGACUAGAGCAAAAAAUACUUUGCAAGGAAACUUGAUGACAGGAACCCAAGUUAGCAACACAACACAAAGUGUUGUCCAGAACUCUCAAAACCAAGCUGUAGAACCAACCUCGCAUGCAACAACAGUAACACAACAGAACUUAAGAACAGAACUCGAAGCACAGUUUGCACAAUCUAGAGCAAAGAAUACUUUGCAAGGAAUCCCCAGUCACAGAGCACAAGGUGUUGUCCAAAACUCUCCACACCAAGUUGUGAAAACAAUCUCACAUAUGACAGCAAUGCAGCAAAAUCUCCAGGCACAACUUGCACAAGCUGUAGCAGAAUAUAAACAGAAUUUGCCAAGAAUGAAGCCAAGCAGCUAUACGGGUCCACCACACACAAGUGCUCCAGUACAUGGAAAUUCUUUCACAAUUGGCCAGUCUGAGAGAUUACAGAUGCAAGUUAGUCCACAGAUUCAGCAAAGUCCUCAGGCUAUGCCUCCGCAACCUACACAAGUGAUUCGAAACGGGCUGGCAGAAAUCGCAAAACUUCCAAACUUGCCUGCGAAACUUUUGCCAGCAGAUGAAAAUACAUUAGGGAAAUCUCCCUCCAGUUUAGUGAGCCAGACAAGUCCCCAGCUGCCGCCACAGUCACAAACAGUAGCCCAGGGAGGUCUUCUGAUCCAGGACAGAUCCUCCAGCUCAGGAAUGCAGCGACAAUCUGAGGUGGUACUUCCUCAAGGUUUGCACAAGGGCGUGGCCACAAAUGGUGUCCGUAGCAACACAGCAUCAAGCAUGGCCCAAAGUUCUCCAAACCAACUUGUGCAAGGAGUUUCACUCAAACCAGCAGGACAACAACCAAGCACAGGAACACAACUUACACAACGUGAAGCAAACAAUGCUUUGCCAGGAACAAGAAUGCCAGGCAGUAUUCACAAGGAGCAAGGAAACAUGUUCAAAAACAGUGUUUCUAAUAGUAAUACACAAACACUUCAGGCAUUCUCUAUGCAUGAAAACACAUCUCCAUACGUUGUGGGGCAAGGGAAUCUGAUGAUAGAGUCUACAGAAGCUAGGAACAUGAAGCCUAGUCACCAAGAUGUGCAGGGAACAUUGUACAAUUCUGACACAACAAGAGACGUCAGCUUCCAGAGUGCUGAGACUGAAAAGGAUGGAUACACUGACAAAAGUUCUACACACACACCAACACAAACAACUUUGGCAUCACAACAGAUGCUUCUCGCACCCAACCAACAACUUGGCUCUGAGAACUUCAGCAGAACAGACUCUACAAUGCAACAAUCACCAGGACAAGACUUUUCCCAGUCCACUCUACAUGGGAAAAGUUCAGUUCAGGACACCAGUGAGACUAAGAAUACAAACAACAGCCUCCCUGCAAAUGUGGUGGUAAAAGUUGAACGAGAUGAUGACUUUUGGCCAGUUUCUUGUACGACAAGUGCAGCUAACAACGACAACUCAGGCAUUCCUGAAUCCCCAAGUACUGUUGUCAAGACAGAGAUAGACGACAGUGCUGAGACAGGUUCCACCCUACCUGUAGAUUAUUCAGUGAGGAUGGAAGAAAGUACUGCGCGAACGGACAACAACAUGGAGGGAGAAUUUAGGGAAGACUAUGCAAGUCCAGGGCAUUCUCCAGUCAGCUCUUUAACACCAAUACAACACACCAUGCCUCAAAAUUUCUUUAUGACUCCCACAGAUCAACAUGACCCUACAGCUAUAUCUGUGCCCACACUACCUUUGACUGAACCCCUGUCUGUAGGGACAUCUCUUUCCCAAGAGAACGGCUAUGGCAGUACAGGUUUUCCCAGCCCUGAUGUCACAGCGUACGUGAGUAGGGUGAGCAUGGUCAGCACGAGACAGUACCAGGCGCAGAAGAGAAAAACGGUCCGAGCCCUUCUGGAUGAUUUGAAGCGAGCCAAGCAGCUAAAAACCGACGGAUUAACAGAUGAAGAUGACCCCAUGGGGAUAGUGAGUGCCAUGAGAGAUAGGAGGGAAGUUAGGCGUAACGAAAGUCGGACCAACAGAGGUGCAGAUGUACAUGUAGGCCCUUCUGUGCAACCAGUUUUAGUCCAGCAGCAAAGAACUGGGAACAUGCAGGUUCAACAGGAAGGUCUCGCACCGCAGUUUCCUAUGGCAGCAGUAAGUAACUGUACAUUCAUUUGCACAAACGUUGGUAUGAGAUCAGUUUUAGUCCAGCAGCAAAUAACUGGAAACAUGCAGGUUCAACAGGAAGGUCUCACACCACAGUUUCCCAUGGCACCAGUUGAAGCAAACAGGAAAGUGCCAGGCUUCAGAGCCGCGACCCUCCACAAGUGCAUGUUCUGUCCGUUUGAGACCAGACUGAAGACCAACCUACAAUACCACCUCAGGGACCACGCAGACAUCAACGUCUACAGGUGCGGAAAGUGCAGCUUUUCCGCAGCCACCAAGCAGACGUUGGACAACCACGCGGCGACGCAGCAUCACGAGGAGUUACCGUUUAUGUGCGGAGUGUGCGGGUACAGAACGGGCGUGAAGGAUAACCUGAGUACACACAUGUGGGUGGUGCAUAGGGCGGGGAAGGGUUUUCAGUGUUCCCUGUGUGACUAUAGAACCAGCUACAAGUCUAGACUAGAAACCCACAUGAUCAACCACCAUUUCUAA